AUGUCACGACCUCUGUUCGUUCGUGCCCUGCAUCCGUUCAACUACCUGGGCAUUCCUGCCCCGGCGCGCAUCACGAAAUUCAACGCGCCCGUCCAUAUCGAUGUGGGCGGCCACAUGUACACCAGCUGCCUGGCUACGCUCACUAGAUAUCCCGACUCAAGAAUCGGAAGACUUUUCGCAGGUAUGGAGCCCAUUGUCCUGGAUUCUCUGAAGCAGCAUUAUUUCAUCGAUAGAGAUGGGGCAAUGUUCCGCUACAUCCUGAAUUUCCUGCGCACCUCCAAACUACUCGUUCCGGAUGAUUUCAAGGACUAUAGUUUGCUGUAUGAAGAGGUGAAGUAUUUCCAGCUUCAGCCAAUGUUAGUGGAGAUGGAAAGAUGGAAGCAGGAUAGAGAAAAUGGUCGCUAUUCACGGCCCUGUGAGUGUCUCGUGGUGCGUGUGGUCCCUGACCUCGGGGAAAGAAUCAUGCUCAGCGGCGCAAAGUCCUUGAUCGAAGAGGUGUUCCCGGAGAUUCGCGAAGUGCUGUGCAACACCGUGAGUGCAUGCUGGAAUUACAACUUCACCCACGUUAUCAGGUUCCCGCUGAACGGCUACUGUCACCUCAACUCCGUUCAGGUCCUCGAGAGACUGCAACAAAGAGGAUUCGCGAUCGUGGGAUCCUGUGGAGGAGGAGUGGAUUCCUACCAGUUCAGCGAGUAUGUCCUUGGGCGUUAAGUGAAGAAAACCCCGCGCACCCUGUAUCAGCCGGAUAAAGUUUUGAUGUGUUGUGCAGUUCAACAUGCCACCUGAGAUGCCGGCCUUCCUUAUGUGUGCGCCACUUUGAGUUCCAGCCGCCCUACUUUUGAUCCAGCUCCCUGAUGAUGCUUCUGGAAAGCAGCAGCAGCAGAUGUCCCAAGUUCUUUGACCCCUCGAAUUAUGCGGAAGAUGCAGAAAAAGCUCCUGGAUCCUGGCUUUAGCCUGAUAUAGCACUAGCCUUUGAGAUUAUUUAGAGAGUGAACCAGAAAA